CCGCCUUCUCUUGACCUUUUGUCAUCACCGUUCAUCCUCCUUUCCACCACCCCCUCGUCUCUGUCUAUCUAUCUAUCUCUCUCUCUCCAUCUAUCCAUCUAUCCAUUUAUCCAUCUAUCCUUACACCCAUUUGUCAACUGUUUCGCUUCUUUCCAUCGCUUUCAUCAUAGUUCAGAUUCCGGUUUCACCCUAAAAUCAUCUUAUCGCAGCAACUAUCGGUUCCCUUCGAUCUCUAUCGGUCUAACGCUCCCGCUCCCAACUAACCGCCCCGAACCCGCUAUCAACAUGCGUUCCAAGUUCAAGGACGAGCAUCCCUUCGAGAAGCGUAAGGCUGAGGCCGAGCGUAUCCGUCAGAAGUACGCCGAUCGUAUUCCGGUGAUCUGCGAAAAGGUCGAGAAGUCGGAUAUUGCAACUAUCGACAAGAAGAAGUACCUUGUUCCGGCCGAUCUCACCGUUGGACAGUUUGUCUACGUGAUUCGCAAGCGUAUUAAGCUGUCUCCUGAGAAGGCCAUCUUCAUUUUCGUUGAUGAGGUCCUUCCGCCAACAGCAGCGCUCAUGAGCAGCAUCUACGAAGAGCACAAGGAUGAGGAUGGAUUCCUGUACAUCACGUACUCCGGCGAGAACACAUUCGGUGACUACUAGGCGCUGGUCGACCUGUCCGUUUCUGUCUUGCUUUACCUUGAAGUAAUCAAGUCGCGCCACUGCUAAUUCGCUUCGCCGUGGGCCUUCUGAGAGAUCCCUUGGGCGUGGGAUGGCGUGGGAUCUAUCAGUUGUAGGCCGUAGCAAGAUGGGCAAGCUCGACUGCGCUGGUCACUGGUGCUUUUGAUGUAUCGUUCCGUCGGCGUUCUUACGGGGCUAUCUAUGUUCUUCCUUUCCUUUGACUCUUUUCUUGGCG